GAAAAUUUGUCCUAAAUAAUCUCACAUAUUAUUCAUCUGUUGUGCAUAAUCUCAAUUAUUGAUUAUUUCUAAAUAAUUCAACCUUUAUAUAUUUUUUGUUGACAACAUUCCUUCUCAUGUUUUAACCUGCUAUUAUAGGUUCCUAGUACCAAAAAGGAGUAGGGUGGACCCAUGGAAAAACAAAAAAAAAAAAAAAAAAGUAAGUGUAACGGCUAGUAAAUACUUAUAAUAAACAGUUAAAAUGUAAAAGUACGUAUUAUCAGCAAAAAGAAAUAUAUACAAAAGUUGAAUUAUUUAGAUAUAAUCAAAAGGAUACCCCACUUUCUCUCCCUCUCAAAUGCCACCAGCUCAUCUUAUUAAAGCCACCACCUUUUUCUCUUUUUUCUCUUUACCCAAAAUAAAAACAAAAAGAAAAACAACCUUUUUAACUGUAACACACCAAAAAUAUUAUACUUCUAAAUGUUUUAGUUUUUCAGAAAAAAAGGAAGUAAGAAGAUCCCUAUGAAAAUUGAAAACUUCCCUUUUUCUUCCCUCUAAAAACAAUAAUCUUUGAAUUUUAUAAAGCUCAAUUCUUUAUUUUCCUUGCAAAUAUCUCAAAAAAAUUAGUUCUUGAUGGGUUAUCUCUCAUGUAAAGCUGAAUCAUCCAUAGAAGUGACAAAUUCUGAUAACCCAUCUCAUAACUUUCAAAAACAAAAAAAUCCACAUAAAAAAUCCCAUGAAAAACCCUUUAAAAUCAAAGAAUUUAAGUAUAAUGAUCUUGAAUUAGCAACCAACAAUUUUUCUGAUCAAAAACUUCUUGGUAGAGGAAGUCAUGGUCUUGUUUACAAAGCUGUUCUUCCAUCUGGGCAUCUUGUAGCUGUUAAAAAGCCUUCAAAAAACCAACAACAAUCUUCAUCUUGUGAUGAAUUCGACAAUGAAAUCAACAUUUUGUCUAAUCUUCAAAGCUCAAGGUUUGUUAAUUUAGUUGGUUUUACAACUAAUAAUGAUGAAAAUUCAAGAAAUGAUAGAUUGCUUGUUGUUGAAUUCAUGUGUAAUGGUACUUUAUAUGAUGUUUUGCAUAAAAAUUCUAGGGUUCCGAAUUGGGGUAGGAGGAUUAAAUUAGCUUUACAAACUUCUAAAGCUGUUGAAAUUUUGCAUUCACAAUAUCCACCAGUGAUUCACAGAGAUAUCAAAUCUGCUAAUGUGUUACUUGAUAGAAAUCAUAAUGCUAAAUUAGGGGAUUUUGGGCUUGCUUUGUGUUGUAAUGUGGAUGAUUUUCGACUCCGGUCGACACCUCCUGCAGGAACAAUUGGGUAUUUGGAUCCAACUUAUGUGACCCCUGAUAAUUUGAGUACUAAAACUGAUGUAUUUAGUUUUGGGAUUUUGUUAUUGGAGAUUAUAAGUGGUAGGAAAGCUAUUGAUAUUGGGUAUUCACCACCUUCAAUUGUAGAUUGGGCUAUUCCUUUGGUUAGAAAAGGGAAGCUAUUAGCUAUCUAUGAUCCUAGAAUACCUCCUCCAAAGGAUCCUAUAGUUAGGAAACAAUUAGCUGUAAUUGCUGCAAAAUGUGUUAGGUCUAAUAGGGAGAGAAGGCCUUCAAUGAAAGAGGUUGUCGAGGCACUUGAACAAUUGAGUAAGUUAGUGCCAUUACAUUCAUGGAAUGGCUUAGCUAACCCUUGUUUGAUGGUGGAGAGUGUAGGGCAUCCUGUUGGUUCGUCUAAUAGGCAUAUGAGCGCGAGGUUUAGAGGGUUGGAAUGUGGGAAUUUCGAGGAUGUUGAUGGUAGAUUCGCCAAAUCUUUGAAGAAUCCGAGAAGGGUUUAUUCGGAUUUGGGGUUUAGGAAUAAUUUGAUGGAUUUGAUGGCCGAGUGUGAUGUAGACUCGGAGUAUGGAGGAGAGGAUGUGAUUGAGCAAAAGAAACAGAGUUAUAGUUCAAGUUUUAGGUUCGCAAGUGAAAGAUAUAAUGACAAACAAAGGACUUCCCUUGCACCUUUCAAUGAUGGCGCGAGUCUUUCUCAGUUAAGGCGGAGUAUAUUGGACAAUAAACGACCUCAAAAUGGUUAGUACGUUGAUUGAUUUGAUCUCAUUAUCAAACAAGAAAUUUAGCGAGGGCUACAUUUAACUCGGAUGUCAUUCAGCAGCUAUUAAGGGUUGUUCCUUGGAGGGAAACCGAGAGUUUGAGCUUCUAUUCUAGUACUAAAUCUUUGCAUAGAUCACUUAAUUUUGGUUGUUUCCAGACCCUGUUUUCGAGCUGGAUAUUGGGUUGUUGAUGAUGACUUAAUUUCGGUUGUUUAAGUUUGCUUAUUGAAAUGUUGACAGAUUUAGCUCAUAAUUCCGCCCUUCCGAGAUACAAAGUAGAGAAUGUUCUUUCUGAAUGAUCCUGUUUGAGCUGUUGUAUAGUCUAUUACACGCGUUGCUUGAUUGAACAUUGGGUAGAUAAUGGUAUAGGGUGUAAGUGUAACCAUUGUAAUCAGUGUUUUGUAGCAUAAAUUCAGCUGUAUUUCUCUCGUUAUCAAUGAAAAUUGAAUGUUGAAACUUCUUGUUGA